CUGACAUUAACAGGUUCAGUGUGUCAUGCACGUUGACCAACGUUGCUAUUAUUUUUAGGUUAAGUUUAUGAUAGAAUUGUGAGCUAGUUGCUAGAGGGCUAAAUUCAUUGAAUUAAUCAAAUAGAUCAAGCAAGCAAUGGCUGAAGCUCCCAGUGAAAAAUUGUCCAAGAAUGAAUUGAAACGUCGGUUAAAAGCAGAACAAAAGUUAAAAGAAAAAGCUGAAAAAGCUGCCCAGCAACCCGCACCUGCAGCUGCAGAAAAAAAAAGUACUAAGCUCGAAGAAGAAAUUAGCCCUAAUGAGUAUUAUAAGUUGCGAUCAUCUGCCAUUGAGGCCCUCAAAAAAGGACCCAAAGAUGAACACCCAUACCCCCACAAGUUUAAUGUCACAAUAUCCCUAGAGGAGUUUAUUGAAAAGUACAACAAUCUCAAUAAUGGAGAAGUUAUGGAGAAUGUUACUUUGUCACUGGCUGGCAGAGUGCAUUCAAUAAGAGAAUCUGGUGCAAAACUCAUAUUCUAUGACUUGAGAGGGGAAGGUGUCAAACUUCAGGUAAUGGCUAAUGCUAAAAUGUAUGAGUCAGAAGAGAAAUUUGAAAAAGACACUGAUAAAUUGAGAAGAGGAGAUAUUAUUGGCUGUAUUGGUCAUCCUGGUAAGACCAAGAAGGGAGAGUUGUCUAUCAUACCAAAAAGUAUUAAACUGUUGUCACCCUGCCUACACAUGCUGCCUCACUUACACUUUGGCUUAAAGGACAAGGAAACUAGGUUUAGAAAACGAUAUUUAGAUCUCAUUUUAAAUGAUAAGGUACGACAAACGUUUUAUACCAGAGCAAAAAUAAUUGCUUACAUUAGACGUUUUUUGGAUAACAUGGGCUUCCUUGAAAUUGAAACACCAAUGAUGAACAUGAUCCCAGGUGGUGCUACUGCCAAGCCGUUCAUCACACAUCACAAUGAACUCAAAUUGGAUCUGUACAUGAGGAUUGCCCCAGAAUUGUAUCACAAAAUGCUGGUGGUGGGUGGGCUUGACCGUGUCUAUGAAAUUGGAAGACAAUUCAGGAAUGAGGGAAUCGAUUUGACUCAUAACCCUGAAUUUACUACUUGUGAGUUUUAUAUGGCUUAUGCAGAUUAUCAUGACCUCAUAACCAUGACAGAGUCCAUGAUAUCUGGUAUGGUGAAGAGUAUUCAUGGUACCUACAAGAUAAAAUACCAUCCAGAUGGUCCUGAUGGUGAGGAGGUUGAGAUUGAUUUCACCCCUCCAUUUGCAAGAGUGCCCAUGAUUGCAACCCUGGAAAAAGUUCUGAGUGUCAAGCUACCAUCUGCUGACAAGUUUGACAGUCCUGAAGUGAAUACUCUCCUAAGUCAAUUGUGUGAAAAGCAUGAGAUUGAGUGCCCGCCCCCUAGAACAACAGCUAGGUUGCUGGAUAAGCUAGUUGGGGAGUUCCUUGAGGAGAAAUGUAUUAAUCCAACAUUCAUCCUUGAUCAUCCUCAAAUCAUGAGUCCAUUAUCCAAAUAUCACAGAGAUGCACCCGGCCUCACCGAAAGAUUCGAGCUGUUUGUUAUGAAAAAAGAAAUAUGCAAUGCGUACACAGAGUUGAAUGACCCGGCCACACAGAGAGAGAGAUUUGAACAGCAAUCGAAAGACAGAGCUGCGGGUGACGACGAAGCUCCUCCCACAGACGAGGCAUACUGCACGGCUUUGGAGUAUGGCCUGCCACCUACUGGCGGUUGGGGCUUAGGAGUUGACCGCCUAACUAUGUUCCUUACCGAUUCUAAUAAUAUCAAGGAGGUGUUGUUAUUCCCUGCGAUGAAACCUGAUGACCCAAAUAAGAACGUCGGGGAGGAUGACAAGGCUUCUGGUACGACGGCAGUUCGAAAUGGAGAAUAAUUUUAUAUAAUAUUUAAUUAAUGGUGUGCUCUGGCUCUUUUAUAGUUUCGCUUAAUUUAAAUUAUUGUCGACUAACA